CCCUCCCCGUCCCCAUUUGCCCAUUUCUCUCCCUCCCGCUUUUCCAUUUUCGUUCCCACCAGUAUUGUUAUUAUUGUUGUUAUUAUUGUCGUCGUCGUCGUCGCUAGCUGAUUCGUGUUAAUUCCUACAUAUCGAUCUCUCCCUCUCCGGCCCUUGCGCCCUUUCGACCCCGAUGGCGCCGCGCCGCCUCUUCGCGUGCUUCGGGCGCGGCGGCGGGGCGUCGUCCGCGACCGGCGGUGCGUCUCCGGAGGCGAACGCGACGGCGGAUCUGACGGCGGAGGAGCAGCGGCGGAUGGGGCCGGUGCUGGUGGAGCUGUUCGUGUCGCAGGGCUGCGCCGCGUCGCCCGAGGCAGAGGCCGUGGUCGCCGCCCUCGCCCGCGGAGGCCAGGAGGACAACGACGAGGAGGGGGUGGGGGUGGGGUUGGGGGUUGUGGCUCUGGCGUUCCACGUGGAGUACUGGGACUACCGGGGCUGGAAGGACCCCUUCGGGUCGAGCAUGUGGACGGUGCGGCAGAAGGCCUUCGUGGAGGCGCUGCGCCUCGACACGCUCUUCACCCCGCAGGCCGUCGUCCACGGCCGCGCCCACUGCCUCGGCGCCGACCGCGAUGCCAUCAUCUCCGCCGUCCAAUCCGCCCCCCGCUUCCCCUCCCCCACCAUGCAGGCGACGUUCCAGCGGCCAUCUCCAGAAACACUGCAGGUGUCAUUCAGUGGCCAGCUGCGCACCAAGGUGGACAGCCACGGCGCGGACGUGAUGGUGGCACUGUACGAGAACGGGCUGGUGACGGACUGCACGCGGGGGGAGAACAAGGGCCGCGUCCUCCCCAACGACCAUGUCGUCCGCCACCUCCAGAAGCUACUCUCCGUAAAGGACGUCUCUGCCAAGAAGAACCUCUCCGGCUCCGUUCAGUUUGCUUUGUGGGAUGGAUUCAAUCCCACUAAGUGCGGCCUCGUCCUCUUUGUCCAGAACUCCUCGCUCCAGACCUUUGGUGUGCAGCACAUUUUGCUUCCGGAAACUCUCUGAACCCUACUACGACCAUGCGUGCAAAUCCUAUAUUGCUGCUGACUCAAGGCGGGGAGUCAUUGAGCGGGAUUCGACAAAAGAUGCUAGCCGGAUGUAUUUCUUACUGGUCCAGUGUAUGGAUUUCUGUGGAUGGAUUGUGUGUUGUGUUCUGCUUAUGUAUUAUGGGAUCUAUUGAUUUGUUCUUUGAUAUAUCUUUAAUUUUAUUUUUUUUUAUUUUUAUUUUUUCCAUAUGGGUUUGAUAUGAUGCUGAUGGGAGAAAUAUAGAAAGGGGACAUGCAAUUCAAAUGGGAGUAUUAUAGAUUGAUAGUGUUGUUUAUUGUGUUCUUAUGAACUAUGAACUUAAAAUGAGGAUGUAUUAUAUUGCCCAAUUUGUUGU